GGGGAUGUUCUCCCUCCUAGGUCAAUAGAUCAAUUGCCAUGAAGAGGUAUCAAGACUCAUGCAAUUCAACACACACAUCAAUCAAAUAGAUAAUAAGAGUUCAAAAACAUAGAAUAUGCCACAUACAUCAACAAUCAAACCAACAUCUAGACCUAGGGUUCAUCAACCUAAGAGAAGGAAAGAUUCAUGGAGAAGAGGAUAGAGAAUACAUUAUAAGCUUAGAAUCUUCAAUCUUCAUCUUCUAGGGGAUUUUCUUCAAUCUCCAACGGUGAUUUUAUUGUCCAAAAUAUCUCCUAGAACCCUCCUAUGUCACUCUCUCUAGAAUCGGCCCUUGAGUGUUUUGGGGUAAAAAACUCAGCUCCCCUUUGCUAAAAACCCGUUGCUAUUAAUUUAUACUCAUAGUAGUGCAAGGAUAACGUUUUUGGUGUUUACUUCACGGCCGUGAACAGUUCAAAAACGUGUUCUCGGCACAAAACACACUAUUUUGUGCACACUUCACGGUUUUAAUGCUACUUUCACCCCCUUAAGGCGUGAAGUGUGCAUAGACCACGAGAUGCACAAAGGAUGCUAGAAAAUUGAAAAAUUCACUGUUUUGGUGCGAUUUUCACUCCCUCAAGGCGUGAACAUUAUGCCUUGCCCGUGAACCUUGCAUAGACUCCACUUUUUGGCUCGUUUUAGCCUCUAAAUGGCCCAGAACUCAUCCCCAACCUUCCCACACGUACCAGGACCUGAAAUGUGACAAAAGAAGCACAACCUAGCAUAAAAUAGGUCAAGGAAAGUUGAUUUACAAGUCAAACAAUCAAAGAUAUGAAGGGAUAAAACAUGUUAAAAUGCACCCGAAUCAAACUCCCCCACACUUGAACGUUUGCUUCUCCUCUAGCAAACCUAACUCACAUAAGUGCAAAAAAUGCAAGAAACUCACAAUGGUAUGCACUAUAGUUCGUUGGUAUCACCUCAAAGACAAUCGAAGAUGAGAGAACGCUACUUCAAUCUCUUCGUGAAACACACACUCUCAGAUGGGGACCUUGUUAACUAAGGAGGUCUUGACAUUUUACGAUGCACCGGGGGACUCUCAAGAAAACAUGAAAACGAUGGCCUCCAUGGUGGUGCUCCUACUUUCUUUUUCAAAAGUGGACUCAAAUUUUUUAGCCUCAAAUUAAACUUUGAUGCACAUGGCACCACACUUUUCCAAUUUUGCAAAUUAAAGUAUCUCUCCCUCGUGACCAAGAGCGAAAGGAUAUUGCCUUCCCAAUCUCAGCCACAUGUGGGAAACAUGAUGGUCAGAUUCAUUGCCCGAGCACCACUUCAAAACCUUCAAUCCUCAUCUCAAUGAAAGACGGGUUGCCACACAUGUCGAGUACCAACGAGAGCUGAGGUCUCAUGACUCGCAUAAAGACACACUAUCUCCUUACCAUACGAGUCCGUGAGGAGGAGAGCUGUAUUGGGGAUGAAAAGUAGUGAAAGAUAAUUGGGAUGCUAGAAAGCUAUCCGGUCCCCACACAGACCCUCAAAUGACAAUCCGUGCCGAGAGAAAAGCCCUUCGACGGCUUAAUAGACCUUUAAUGGAUUUUUUUUACUCUCUGAUGCCUUCUUGGUAUGUUCUUGAUGAAUUUCAAGGUACAACAAAGUCUACGGAAACUUGGAUCAAACAAUGAAGAACUAUAGAGGACAAAAGGAGCUAUCAAGAGAAGAAUAUGGAGUUUUCACGAUAAAUACGAGGUCUAAUGAUGCAUAUGCCUAUUAGUAAUCACAAUAUGAGCCUAAGAGAAGCCUAAGGAAGGAAAACUCGGUCCAAGCAGACACGAUACCGGUGGCGGCCCAACAAUUGGUCCAACCGGCAUUGGAGGAAACAUAUUCAAGACGCGUACAUGAUGAACAAAGGUAGCCCAUGGGCCAAGGAGCUCAGCACACAAGCAGAACAAGCAGCGGUCCCAAUUGCUGCCAUGUCGCCGCUUGUGCCCAAGCUUCUAACAACCUUCCUCAGCAAUUUACUUUGUCCACAAGUUGAUUGAAAUGAAUCCAAGUAGGAGAAUGAAUGUUUUGGCCGACAUUAGGAGGGGAAAGACUAGAAAACCCCUCUAUCUUGUGCUAUAAAUAGGUGCUUAGACUUCAUUUAGAAAACAACUUUUACUCAUGAAAACAUCUAAACCUCUGUCGGAUUGAGGAGAGAAUGACACCAUCGAUGCUUUUAUCCCCCAAUCUCACAUGACUAGCUAAACUCUUUGUUGUUUGGGAUGUUGAUUUAUGAUGCAUAUUGUAUUACUUUCAAUGAAUUAAUGAGAUGUCCUAGAGCAUCGAUGUACAUUCUUGGAGCAUCGAUGGUCUAGUUAUUUGUCUGAUAGUUAUAUUGAUAUGAUGAAUUACUAUGUGUGUUGAUUAUACUACUACUAUGGGAGAAAAGGAAAAUGAUCUCGUGUAGUAGGCAUCAUCAUUAUGCAUGUAUAGAGGGGAAGUACUCGGAUGAUGAUGAUGCUUGAUGUUUGAAAAUCCCCAAAACCAUAGAGCAUCGUUAUGGCUCAUAGAUGCCUAUAGAUAACAAUUAGCUAUCCUUCCUUGCCUUCAUUAAUUAGUUGAUGACAUAAUUGAAAGCAUGCAUUUGCUAGUUAACUUCCUAUCGGAAGAGUUGCAUGCACGGGUAGGGAAUGGCUUAGGGGAAAGGAUAUGAUGUUGUCAAAGCAUCGAUACAUAUACACAUAUUAUCCAGGAGAAAGUAUCAUGACCAUCUAGAUGACACUUCCUAAACAAUUGUUUCCUACUUGCUCUAUUUUCAUUCUUUGCCUCGUAUACUCUUUCUUUCUUUAGUGUGUUACUCGAAUUCAAUAGGGAACCUCAACGCAUUUUUUUCACUUUCUGUUAUUUCUACUAAUCACUUGAGCAUCUAGUUUUGAGUAGCUACCAUCAAAAGACCUCGUGGAAUAUGACCCUAGGCAUCUAUAGGAUUAUUACUAUAAUCUUUAUUGCAUCAAGUUUUUUGCCGCCGUUGUCGGGGACUUUUGAUUGUGUAUUCGAAAGAAGCUAUUUGUUUAAGGAUAUUACGAUUUUCCAUUUUCAUUUCAGGAACCAAGGUGUGGAUCACGAAGCAAGAUGGUGACCCUGUUCGAGUACUUCCGACUCAAGGCCUCAAAGUUCAUGAAAUGCAACAUCCAUAAUUCAAAUGACAUGGAGAUUCAAACCCCUUGGAUAGAGAUGGUGAGGACAUCACUACAAUUUGAUGGAGAAGAUGACAAGGAUCUAGUGAAGAAUAUUAGGAACUUCAAUUAUGUCUGAUCUAGCAUUGAAGGACAAGAAGAAGCGACUAUAUGCCUGAAGCUUUUCCGCCUCUCAUUAAAAGGGAAGGCUUGAGUCUGGCGGGACAUGCAUCCAAGAGGCACGUUCAGGGCAUGGGAGGAGGUUGCACAAGCAUUCCCAGACGAGUACUUUUCACCAUGGAUGUUAGAGGAAUUCAUAGACGAAAUCUCAAGAAUUCAUCAAAGACAAGGAGAGCCAAUACAUGAAACCUAGGUAUUUUAGUUAGAACUAUAAAAUGAGUCGAGUAGAGUCAUGUUUUACACAGUUUGAGCUCGAGCUACUCUUGUUUACUAAAAUCUUUAGCUCAUAUUUGAUACAUUCAAUUGUAUGUCAUGUAUGGUACAUGUGAUUGAUGUCAUGAUGAAAAAUAAUAAUAGUCAAAUGUUCAACAUUAAUUAAUCUCAUAUUAUACUUUGUUGAUAUCAUAUUAUUUAGUUAAUAUAUUUUAACUAGUUCACAUCAUGUUGUUUCAUAGUAUCGAAGUAAUUAAUUUAUGAUACAUAAUUUCUUUAUAAAAUUAAAAAGGUGUAUUUUCUUACAUGCUCAACAUGUUAACUUCAUAUGAGGUGAGAUAUAUUAUUUAACAAUCCUAUGAAUUAUCAAAAUCCAACUCCUAAGAUAUAGAUAGAUUCACUCAUAAGUCAGUGAUUAAGUUGGCUCUCUAACCACAAUGUUGAGACAUCUCAUGAUCUCUAAAGGAGCCGGCUCACGAGUUGAACUCAACAAACCGCCGAGUCGAGCUAGCUCGCGAGUUGAACAAAGUUUAGCACAAACUCGGCUCGUUAGUAAAAGAGUCGAGUUUCGAACUAGUUUUUCCCGAGUCGAACGUCAAGCCACUCGCGAGCAACUCAGCUCAUUUGUAGCCCUACUUGUUGUAGAUGACCUUACGCGCUAUCAUGGUUUUACCAAUAUUUAAGAAACCCAACACUAUCAGUCGGUCAGACCGAAAAUACCCACCCAUAUCGCUAAAAAGUUUUUGUGAUGAAAAAUGAUUGAACCUCAAUUAAACCAUGAUUUUAUUACAAAAUACCCUAUUACUAACUUUCCAUUAUAACAUUCGGUGUAAUUUUACAAUCCUUCAUUUUUAACGGGACAAAACGACGAACCCGAUUUUUUUUUUCUUCGUUGAAUCAGUUGCAAUUGUAUUACCAAACUAUAUGCAAAUUACAUAUAGUGCCCGAUACAACGAAAGGAUUACUCAAGACAAGUAACCCUGCAGAGAAGGGAACAACUCCCCCCACAAACCCACCUGACUACUCUAAGCUCUCCAAACCAGACUAUAGGAAACCAGUAGCCACCAGGUCAGUCUGUAAAUCACUGUCAACACUACCCAAAUACAAAAGAUCAUAAGUAAUUAAUCUACUGAGAGUUGCAGCAUCCCUUGGAGCAAUUUGAUGCUGUCGAUUACAUCUUUCACGCCACAGGUAUGCGAUACAGGCACACCAGAAGACUCCAAUUACCCUCCCAAUCGAGGAACCCUUCUUGCUCAAAGCCACAGCAGCCUGCACAUUCUCUUGCCAACUCGAUCUACAGAGCAGAUGACCUCCCCUCCAGCAAGAAAUAACCUGCAGUGAGUAAGGACACUGAAAAAACAAGUGCUCCCUGGUCUCCAAGGCCCCCCUGCAAAGCAAACAUGAGCCAUCCAGGAUCUUACCCCACCUGACCAGCUUGUCCCUGGUAGUAGUAACUUCCAUCAAAACUAGCCAAGUGAUCAAACUAUUGUUAGGCAGAUGCUUUUUACACCAGACCAGUUUUGACCAAUCCACUUGUUGAUGUUCAAUACGCAGAGUAUUCCAUACAGUGGAUACCUUAUAAACAGGAAUCAGCUUACCAUCCCAACUAGGAGGGUCACCAGCCAUUGUUAGAUGAGCCUGAAGUAAAGGUCGAAGCUUGAGGACCCUUCUCCAUGCCCAAGAACUACUUGGACUCACAUUCAUGGUCCAAACACUACCCUGUUUGACUCUGUAUUUCCACAUCCAAGCCACCCAAAUUGCACCACUUUUCAUCAUCAGAAGCCAAAUCAUUCGAAUAGUACAUGCUCUAUUCCAAGCCAGGAGAUCCUUGAUGCCCAGUCCCCCCUCUCCUUUUGGUCGAGCCAGUCUUUCCCAGCCAAUUUUAGCUCUACCCUCAUUACCCCCAUGCCAAAGGAAUCUUGAGCAUACAACAUACACCUUCUUUAAAACCUUUUUGGGAAGGAGGAAAACCUGCAUCCAAUAUUGCAGGAUGCCCAUAAAAACAGAGUUAAUCAACUCAAGUCUACCUGCAUAACUCAAUUUCUUUGCACGCCAAGUCCCAAUCUUCUGAGUGAUUCUCUCAACCAAUUUAUCACAAUCAGCUGAGGAAAGCUUCCCUGAAAAUAAUGGGAGCCCCAAGUACCUGACAUGGAGUUUUCCCUCUUGAAACCCAGACAACUGAAGAGCAUUACCCUUAUACAGCUCAGAUAUCCCUCCAAAAUAAAUUUCACAUUUGCUCGGGUUACAUUUCAGUCCAGAAAGAGAAUAGACAACAGCUCCUGAACUUUGCAUAUUGCUUGUGCAGAGCCUUCUGUAAAGAUCAGAAGGUCAUCUGCAAAGCAUAGGUGAGUCAAACCUAUGUGCUUGCACUGAGGGUGGUAAAUCAGUUGCUUUCUUUCAGCAGCUCUGUUAAGAAUAGAAGAUAGCCCUUCCAUGGCAAUGGUGAAGAGGUAGGGGGAGAGAGGAUCCCCCUGCCUUACCCCUCUUUUUGCCCCAAAGAAACCACAGAGUCCCCCAUUGAUGCAAAUACUAAACUUAGAAGUCUUAACACAUAGUUUAAUCCAGUACAAGAACUUGACAGGGAAUCCCAUAGUCUCCAUCAUUAAAAACAUAUAAUCCCAGUUUACUGAGUCAAAAGCUUUCAUCAAGUCAAUUUUGAUAGCACAUCGAGAGGAGAGAUUCCUUCUACCAUAACUACUGACUAACUCCUGAGCCAAAAGAAUGUUGUCCACUAUUCUUCUCCCUUCUAUAAAGGCUGAUUGAUUAUUACUUAUAACAUUAGGGAGGACCUUCUUUAGUCUAUUUGAUAGAAGCUUAGCAAUGACCUUAUAGAGAAUGUUAAUGCAUGAAAUUGGCCUGAAAUCUUUGAGUUUACAAGCAGAGGUUACCUUAGGAAUCAGGGAGACAGCAGUGGAAUUAACACUGCUAGGGAGCCUGCCAGAGGAAAAGAAAUCAAGGAUUGCUGCUGUGAUGUCCUCUCCAAUGAUAGACCAAGUUUUCUGAAAGAAGCCAGCAGAGAAUCCAUCAGGUCCAGGUGCCCGAUGUGGAUUCAUGUGCAUGACUACUAAUUUAAACUCUUCAGAAGUAACGGCCCCACAAAGCAUUAACCAGACAGCCUCUUAGUGACCAGAGUCUCAAGCUCCAACUUACUAGUAUUCACUGCCUGAUCCACCGUCCCAAAUAAAGUCUGAUAGAAACUCACUACGAACCCGAUUUUCCUCAGCACUUGAACAGUAACAAAUUUCUCAUAACUUUUUGAAUCAGUAAUAGUAAUUUCAAAGUUCGACUUCUCUACUACCUACUAAUAAAAAGGAAGAGAGCUGGACGAAACAUGAAAGCCUGAAGCCGCCUUGUAAGUUGUAACUUUGCUCCGGCGCCGGCGGGCAGUGUUAAAUUAACUAACGGAAAUCAAACGAAUCCAAAGGCGCACCAAAAACAAACGAAGAGCUUGGCUCCAUCUCAGCUGCACCGGGCCAGUGGCCAGUGCCAGUCCACCCACGCGCUGACUAACUAGCUUUCCGAAUAGGAAAAAAAAAAAAAAAAAAAGAGCCUCUCUUCUUCUGUCUUCUGUCGCCUUCUCCUCAUUUGGAAAAUGGAAACCCCGGCGUCUUCUCUACUUCAAAUCCUCAUAAAUAAUCAGAACAAGACUUGGGUUGGGUCUUGAUUGGGUUGGGGUAAUCACUCAUAAUCACAGCUUAGCUCCACUGCGCCACAGGCGGGGUCGGGGAGGCACUUUUUCACUCACUCUCUCUCUCUCUUCUUCUCUUGCUAGAGCGACAAUGGCCUCUUCAGUAGUCUUUCUUUCGGAAGCUAAUGAGUUAGUUUAGUCAAGGGAAGACCAACCCCUCUUGAGAUUUGUCCUUCCCAUCCCAAGGACAUACUCGGUCAAUCUUAAUUCCGUUACUGCUCUGCUCUUGGGAGAAAAGAAAGAUCUGGUCUUUUUCUUCUUCUUUUUCUCUUCUCUGCUUUCCGAGGGGAAGGGAAGAUAUGGAGGAAGAGAAGAAGAACAAGGAAGAGGCUCCCAGGCUAUUGGUUCAGAGCCUGAUAGAUACGGUGGACGAGAUCGCUUCCAUCUCUGAUUACAGAUGCUCGGUGAAGAAGCAGUACUGCAAUCUAGCUCGGAGGUUGAAGCUCUUGACCCCAAUGUUCGAAGAAAUUCAAGAGAGCAAAGAGGCGAUCCCCGACGAGACCCUGGAUUCUCUGGCGUCUCUCAAGUUUGCUCUCGAUUCAGCCAAGGAAUUGCUCAGAUUCGGGAGCCAAGGCAGCAAAAUUUACCUGGCCUUGGAGAGAGAGGACAUAAUCGUUAAGUAUCAUGAGUUGACAUUUCAGUUGGAAGAAGCUCUUAGUGGAAUCUUUUUGGAAAAACUUGACAUAUCAGAUGAAGUUAAAGAACAGGUUGAGCUCGUCCUUUUCCAGUUCAGGAGAGCCAAAGGGAAAUUCGAAUUCCCUGAUACGGGCCUCUAUUUCGAUCUCUUUAAGCUUCAUGGCGAAACUACUGAUGCGUCAGAAGAUCAUGCUCUUCUACGGAGAUUGUCUGAGAAGCUACAACUAACCGGGAUAGAUGAGCUUACUCAAGAGUCACUUGCUUUGCAUGAGAUGGUUUCUGCUACAGGUGGAGACCCUGAGGAGAAAAUAGAGAAGAUGUGGAUGCUACUAAAAAAGAUUAAGAAUUUUGUUCAGACUGAGAAUCCCAACUUGGAUGCUCCUGGGGGAAAAGGUGCUCCUCAAAGUAGUAGUGGACAGGCUUCAACCGAUGAGAAUCAUAAAGUUCUUGUGAUACCAGAUGAUUUCCGCUGUCCUAUAUCUCUAGAAUUGAUGAAAGAUCCUGUCAUUGUAUCAACAGGGCAGACCUAUGAACGAUCCUGCAUUGAGAAAUGGCUGGAAACACAUGGAACAUGCCCAAAGACGCAGCAAUCUCUUGCUGGUACCACACUCACCCCCAACUAUGUCCUACGCAGCCUCAUUGCCCAGUGGUGCGAAGCAAAUGGAGUCGAACCACCAAAACGACCAAGCAGUUCGCGAACCAGUAAACUGGCGUCUUCCUUCUCCCCUUCCGAACGUACAAAGAUCGAAAUACUCCUCCAAAAGCUGACGUCUGGAACUCCCGAGGAUCAGCGUUCUGCUGCAGGCGAGGUCCGUCUUCUGGCCAAGCGUAAUGCCGACAACCGGGUGGCUAUUGCUGAAGCCGGUGCAAUUCCUCUCCUAGUUGGCCUCCUCUCAGUGCCCGACUCUCGCACCCAAGAACAUGCCGUGACAGCUCUGCUUAACCUCUCCAUAUGCGAGGACAACAAAGGUAGCAUCAUAUUGGCAGGAGCUGUUCCCGGUAUAGUAAAUGUGCUGAAAAAGAGUAGCAUGGAAGCCCGGGAGAAUGCUGCUGCUACCCUUUUCAGCCUUUCGGUCGUCGAUGAAAAUAAGGUCAUCAUUGGUGCUUCUGGAGCUAUUCCCCCACUGGUGAUGCUUCUGAGUGAAGGCACCCAGAGAGGGAAAAAAGAUGCUGCAACUGCACUGUUCAACUUGUGCAUUUAUCAGGGGAACAAGGGGAAAGCAGUGAGGGCUGGGGUGGUCCCCACGUUGAUGCACUUGCUUACAGAGCCAGGUGGUGGGAUGGUUGAUGAAGCGCUGGCCAUACUAGCAAUAUUGGCUAGCCACCCUGAUGGAAAGGCAGCCAUUGGUGCUGCAAAGGCUGUACCUGUUUUGGUUGAAGUUAUUGGAAGUGGAUCUCCAAGGAACAGAGAAAAUUCAGCUGCUGUUUUGGUGCAUCUUUGUUCUGGAGAUCAGAAAUACAUGGCUGAGGCACAAGAGCUCGGAGUGAUGGCACCACUUUUGGAUUUGGCACACAAUGGGACAGAACGAGGAAAGCGAAAGGCUCAGCAGCUGCUUGACCGUAUCAGUAGGUUCAUUGAACAGCAGAAGCUGGCCAAAGGCCAAUCGGAUGCUCACCAUCAACUGAAUGGGCCAUCAUCUGCUAUCACGAAUCCUGAAGAUAGCUGAUGAAAAGUUUUGAUCGUCUGUCUGUGCCUUGAUUUCGUGGUUUCGGUUAAAUAUAAAUAGAUGCACCCAUAGGCCGACUUCUUCGAAUUUUGAGAGGGAAAGGUGGAAAGUUACCCGAUCCCGCCCAUCUGUAACAGCUAUUUAUUUUGAAGGCGAGGAUUGGAAGCUGCAAACUUGCAAGACAAAAGGGUGCAUAAGCCGGUAAGAGUCGAGUCUAUGCAAGGGCAGGAAACAGAAAGGGGGAAGAGAGUACGGAGAUGGGGCUUUACAUAUAAAUGUGUCUAACGUGCUGCACCAUUGUUGUAACAUGGGGUUAAUUGCAUCGGUUACCACUUAAGUUUACUUUUUGUUGCACGGUGGCCACCUAAAUGCAUUUUGUUGCACAUAAACCAUUUAUGUCGAAUAAUAGUUGCAACGUUAUCAUUUCCGUCAAUACAGCUAACAGUAGGUACCUAAAUAUAAUUUUCCUCGCCAUGUCAGGAGUCCACGUCACCUUCUCAAACUGAUUCACAUUGGCCCACUUUAAGAAUGAGCCCCUUAUUACUUGCAACUUGCAAGGUGGGUUCGUUGACCCUUUUCUGUAGAAUUUUUUACCGGUAGUCGGCGAUAAAAACUUUCUGGAAAGAUUUGGCGGCAAGGAGCAUCUGCUGAACCUGGAGAUGGCCUUCCCGUCGUCGUAACUAAUUCUGAAGGCGGUUCGGGUGAUGACGUCCUCCUCCGGGUCUGGAACCACUCGGAGACUUCGACCUCGACCUGGCUGGAGUUGGACAUUGCCUAGGUCUACUUGUCCAUCAUUCCGGUCACGCUCUCCGCCACCACUGGCAACAUCAACUGAACUAAACAAGGAAAGACACCGAUUUCUUUUUUUAAUUAUAGAAUUAUUCCCGGAAGAGAAAUAAACUAAUCAGAAAACUAAUUGAAGCUCUUACCUUGAGAUUCACCAUGUGGAAAGUCGGGGUGAUGAUUUUGCGAUGGUGAGCCCGUUUCUCGCCCUCGAGCCGGAAAGGGAGCAGAUAGUGGCAUUAAGGAGUAGAAGGUGGGUUGAUCGAUCAGUCGAUCAAUACAUUAGCGUGACGGUUGUUUGUUUUGUUGGGUGGAUUGAUCGUUUUUUAAGGUUCCGAGUGUAUGGAGCUUGUCUUUGUUUUUUUCUAGUUUUGUAUUAAUGCUGGUAUCUGCUAUGCGUAGUUUCUUGUUGAAUUAGUAAAUGCAUAUUUUUCUUCAAUGAGUAUUCUUUUUACUUUGUUCCUGAAGGUGAUUGGGUUGGGGACUAGUGGUAGUGAUGAAAAUAGAGACCUUUCUUUCUUUGGCCAUUUUAAUUGUAGAAGAAACAGAGUACUCUGUUCUUGGCUUAGUGGCUAAAAGAACUCACAAAUCCAAUCAAUAGACGGCAAGAAAAAUGCAAUGGAGGGGAACUUGUUUGACCGAAUAAUCAUUAUCUAUUUCUGACAUCAAAAUUAGAAAUUUCCUCGGGGAUUAUGGAUCCACCGGCGAUUUCAUCUCAUAUUAUCUUCGUCCCCUGCUCUAGCGAUCCCAGUUGUUGCUGUCGGCGGCAAUUCCAUGCACAAAGCAGCAGUUUAUACCUUUUAUUUGUAGAAUCCACAUCGGUGACGGAAGAUUCUUCUGGUGGAGUGGAGUCCAAAUCCUCGCCGGAAUAUACUCUAUCCUUCCGCGCAGGAAGCACCAAUUUUUAUGGAGAAAUUCUCCAUAAAGUGGGCUAGUCUGACUCAGCUUCAGAAGGUGAUGUGGACUGCCAACAUGACAGGGAAAAUUAAUAUUAGGUACCUAUUGUUAGUUUUAUUGACGGAAAUGGUGACGUUGCAACUAGUAUUUGACGUAAAUGGUUUAUGUGCAACAAAAUACACUUAGGUGGCCACCGUGCAACAAAAUGUAAACUUAAGU